GCAGAGAGGGCUGGCCACCAUGCACAGCUCCUGCAGCUCGUGGGUGAUGCUGCCUCCGCAGCCGCUGCUCCUGCUGCUGCUGCUGCUGCUGCUGACUGCCGCUGGACCCACCUCAGCCCUCACAGAGGAUGAGCAGCAGAACAUGGUGGGGCUUCACAACUACUACCGUGCCCGGGUGUCCCCACCAGCCUCAGACAUGCUGCAGAUGAGGUGGGACGACGAGCUGGCCGCCUUCGCCAAGGCCUACGCUCAGAAGUGUGUGUGGGGCCACAACAAAGAGCGCGGGCGGCGCGGAGAGAACUUGUUUGCCAUCACGGGCGAGGGCAUGGACGUGCCGCUGGCCGUGGGGAACUGGCACGAAGAGCACGAGCAUUACAACCUCAGCACGGCCACCUGCGACCCGGGCCAGAUGUGCGGCCACUACACUCAGGUAGUGUGGAGCAAGACUGAGAGGAUCGGCUGUGGGUCCCACUUCUGUGAGACGCUCCAGGGAGUGGAAGAAGCUAACAUCCAUUUGCUCGUAUGCAACUAUGAGCCCCCGGGGAACGUGAAGGGCCGUAAGCCCUACCAGGAGGGGACUCCCUGCUCCCAGUGCCCUCUUGGCUACAGCUGCGAGAACUCUCUCUGUGAGCCCAUGAGAAACCUGGAAAAGGCGCAGGAUUCGCCUCCAAGGGUGACCGAGGUCCUUUCCACCCGGGCAACUGAAACCCCAGGCUCCAGGGAAACCGCUACUUCAUCCCUAGCAACCUCUGAGACUCUACAUUUCUCCUCGGUAACAAAGGUCUCGGACUCCCUGGCAACCGAGUCCUCACCUGCGGUAGAAACAAAGGCCCCAUCUUCCUUAGCAACCGAAGGCCCCUCCUCCAUGGCAACAGAGGCUCAGUCUUUUCUAACUGAGGUCCCCUCGGUUUCUGCAACGCACAUGCAACCCUCACUGGAUGAAGGGCCAGUUAACUUCCUCACAUCAACUCAUAGCCCCAUCCCCAAAUCUACGGACAAAGAAGCCAGCAAGUCGAGCGCAACCUCUGUGAGCCCAGAGAAAUCUCUGCACUCCAAGAUGUCCCUGACAGAGACAGGAGAGUCCCUACCCCAAACCCAGGAGGAGGCUGAGCCUGAGGCCGAGUCGCCCGAGGCAGAGGCCGAGCUGCCUGAGGCCGAGUUGGUUGUUUCCAGUGAGGCUCUGGUCCCAGUUCUUCCAGCACAGGAGCACGACGGGCAGGCCUCACUGGAACACUCGGACGGCCCUGCCUCCACAUCCCUACCCAACUUGCCUAGUGCCUCGGGUAAUGCCACAGGUGGGCGCACCCUGGCCCUACAAUCAUCCUGGACAGGUGCAGAGGACCCUGAAAAGGCCGACUGGGAUUUGAAGAAUUCUGCUCAUGUGUGGGGCCCUUUCCUUGGACUGCUGCUGCCUCCCCUGCUGUUGGCUGGCAUAUUCUGAGGGGGGAGGGGGACGCCCGAAGGCCUGGUGAGGAGACUGGCCUCAUGCCCAUUCUGGAUUCUUUUUCCAAGUUAGAAGUCAGAGCUUCUGGAGCAGGUCAUGCUUUCCCUGUGCAUGACACAAUACCCGCCCCCCCUCCCCCCCGUGCUUCUUCCUCGAGGGUGGGGGUGGGGUGCUGCCCUUGAUCAGCUGCAAGCUGUUCUGAGCUGUGUUCUAGUGACCAUUAGUUUCUUAAGGACAGAGGAUCUUAGCCCCUGAACUCUUUCUUGAGCCAUCUGAGUCGAGGAAUAUCUGAAGUGCCUACUGCCUUCCCAAAGAGAAGAGGUCAGCUGUGGGGUCCUGCUAUCCUGUCCCUGCCUGGCUAAAGCCCCUCUGGAAGGGAAAGGCUGUGGGGUCCAGGUCAUCAGUAACUGCACACCAGGGCCCUUCCUGCCCCUCGCAGUGGAGUUCUCCAGAGGACACGAUUGGAUUGAUUCUGAGGAUACUUGUCUGCUCCACAGAGUGGGGUUGGGGGGUGCUGUCUGCCUGCAGGCUCUAGGGCUCCCCAUCUCUGAGUGCCCAUGUGGCUUGGACAGCAGACCCUUGGGGAAGAUAAAGAACAAGCCCCAACCAAGUGGGGUUCUGUGGGUGGGGAGAUAGGGAGCAGGAAGACAGCCUUGACUCCUGAAUAAAACCUGUCUGAGAGCCCUG